AUGGAGCGACAGUCACUCGUGGCACUUCGGAAGUUAAUUGAAUCUUCUGCAGAAGUUCUCUCUUUGUGGUCAUCGGCGAACUCGUUCGACUUGAAAGCGAUUUCUGCAAGCAUGGAGCCGGGGUCCCUCCCUACCUUGGCCGGACGUCCAUUCUGCCAUCUUGUCUGCGAUGGUCAGCAUCUCAAUGGAGACCUUAUUAGAACUAUGAUAAAGUACUUCCUUGGCGACGAAGCGGGAACAAAAGAACUGUCAGAACGCCUCAGGGCAUUAUGUCCGAACCUGUAUUCAAAGGAUGAUGCAUGUGUGACGAACGCUAUGGAACAGCUGAAACUGGCGUCUGUAGCGAACUCAGCAGCUGCUCGAAGGAACCUCGUAGAUCGGGCGUGCGAGCUGUUUCGCCAGUCCAUUGGAAAGGUUUCACUGCCGGUGGUAUGCCGCAGUUUGGCUGAAUUGAAUGCGUUCGAGCAUCUGGCGGAUUUGUGUUUGCUGAAGGCGAAGCGAGACGAUCCCAAGCAACUAGCGCUAAUUGCAUACCGUCAUGGUCGUGGCGGGGAAGAUCGUGAAAUGCAGGCUGCAGAAAAACGACGAGCAGAGAGUUACAAGUGCAUCACGGAUACGCUAGAUGAUUUGGAAGUAGCUGCCUCAAAGCCAUCUCCGACAUCGGCUGAAAGC